AUGAGACUCUACAUUCUAUUAUCCAUUCUUGCCGCCAUUAAACUCUGCAGUGCCGGUUGGCCGUGUUGUUUCAAGUGUUGCACUGGAGGAGAUGCUGAAGAAGCAGAGGAUCAAAACGUUUUGGAUAUUUCAAAGGUGGACAAAACACUCUUUCAAGUUGAGGAAAAUGAUGAGGAACGAGCAAUUUAUCCGAGAACACACUGUGUUAUUACGGAGGUUUUGGAAGGUAACAUUCCAAUCUGGAAGGCACAAGGUCCCCAAACUUGUUCGCUUGUCAGACUAUCACUGAAGAAAGGGUCUCUAAUAGCUGCCAAAUUGAGUAUUGUAGAGGAUGACAAGACGGUGGUAGAGACAUUUACAAGGAAGGGAAAUGAAUGGACACCAGGCGACUCUGAGGCUGAAAUGGAGUCCAUGCACCCAGCAUUUGGCGCAAAACACCAGACUGAACUUUCAGACGAGAUAAGACCCAGAGUAUUUUCAGAGGAUACACUCAAAAGAAGUACAGAAUCGCAAAUUGCCAAAAGGGGAGAGGGUGAUGAAGCCACAAAGCCGUCCCCUCAUCAAAAAAAGCGUCCAAAUUUGAGACUAGAGCUCAUUACUCCACUUGAAUUGGAUAUUUCCAACCCAGACAAGAAGAAUAUUUGCGCAGGUGGACGUAGAAAGAAUGGAAUGGACCACAAGUCAUUCUUUCCAAGGAAGGAGUAUUCCAUUUCCUCCGUACAUGAUAAUGGGUAUACAAUCUGGAAAAGCCUCGGUAUAGAACGCUGCUUCUUUGUGGAAUAUUACUCUGCAAGAGAAUGCAUGAUUCUCUAUAUUGAGGCUGGCACUGGUAAAAAGGUUACAUCCCUAUUUUUUGAAAAGUCUGAAGAUGCAUGGGUAGAGAUUGAUAGUGUGCAAUUUGCCAAACGACUUCAGGAUAUCAAGCAGGCGCGCUCCUCGAGGAGCUCCACAUCUUGA